AUGGACAGCUCCCCAAGCCGCGAGGCGCAUCAAUCGCUCGUGGAGUCGACAGAGGUACAGGCAGAGCCUGCCUCGAAGCCAUGUCUUCUCCCCGCUUUCGGCGACGAGACCGCUUUUAGCUCCUCGCCCUUCCCACGUCCAUCUUCCAAACGGAAGUACGACGAGGACGACUCGCCCACGUUCCCCAAGCAGGUGCUCAAGUACUUUCCUACGCCAGUCCCCUCGGUCCCGACAUCGUCCACCAUUCUGCCCUCGUCGUCGCCCCGCAAUGGCCGCCCGGCCAUGCCGCGGACCGUCUCUGCCCUCUCUGAGCGGGCCCCGCUAGGCGCAGUCCCAGCCGUCGACCUGCCCUUUGACGGCGAGAUAGUGCGCAUGGGACGGUCGUCCAACACGUCGGAUUACCAGCUGUCCACAAAUCGCCUGAUUUCACGCGUCCACGUCCAGGCCGCGUAUCACGCGCCCUCGGCGAGGUAUUGUUCAGGCUACAUCGAGGUCGAGUGUCUAGGCUGGAAUGGAGCAAAGAUUCAUUGCGGAGGCCGUGUAUUCGAACUGAGCAAGGGCGAUACAUAUGUGUCGGAGAACCCAGAGACGGCAAUCAUGUUGGAUGUUCAGGAUACCCGCGUCAUGAUUGCUUGGCCCGCCAUCCCCACACCAAAGCUGUCGUGGGACUCUGAGGAGGACGACAUGCCCACACCCACCCGUCGCAAGGCCAAAGAGACCUUCGACUCUAGCCCUCCUGUGGUUCCUCGCUCGCCUGUCUCGCAGAGCCCUAUCCGUCAGCCCGUCUUUGCAGGUCUAGGACACGCCCAGUCUGGCCCUGUUCAUGUCUUCGAAGAUGCCGACGCUAGUGAAGAAAGCCCCAAGGUCGAGAGCCCGGAAUCCGCUGAGCAGACCUUUAUCCGCCCUGCCCACCCGCGUCUCAACUCUAGCCAUGAGAAUCGUGAAGUCAAGUCGAGCAUGCUGUCCUCUUUCGCCGACGACGACUAUUCUGACGGUGAUGAGGAGAAUGACCCUGUUGUCCACUCCUUCGGUCCUUAUGGCCAGAACAUCCUGAACGGGCUCGCUUCGUUCUCAACCGCUACGCCCACUCAGUCCAACACUCCCCGUCUUCGCGCUCCGUUGCUGUCCCCGUCGCCGCGACGUCCUUCUGCUGAGCCUCUUCGCUUCCAGGAGUCACCGAUCAAGAACCAUGUGAUUAACCAGUUAGCCUUCUCGCGCAUCCACUCCCAGCCUCUGUCUGCUAUCCACAGCAACCUGCCUGCUGAAAUGAAGGCCUGCGUCACGAAAACCACGGACAGCAAGGCCUCUAGUGAGGCGUCUACAUCGAUUCCUCAACUCUCCCACCAGGACCUCAAGAAAAUUCUCGACGACACGCCGUGUGUUGGCGAGAUUCUCUCGUGCUGGCAAGGACGCCGCUGGACAGCCGCUAGAGAACGAAUUCUACUACGUCCCAGAGAUGGACACCAACCAGCUGAGGCGCGAGUCCAUCACCGCGGGCAGUCGUAGCACCGGCCUGCGUUCUGUCAGGAAGACACACAAGCAAUACUACUGGAAGAAGCCCCGCGUCUGAGCAGCUCCAGCCACUUUGUCUCCUACCUCUUUCGACUGAACCGCACAAUCUUACCGCCUUAGCACACCCCUUUCCUUCCAUGUUUUGCAUAGCGCGGCGUUCCGAUACCAUUUCUUUGAGCCCUCGUGCUCAAACACGUCGACCCUUCUUUUCGGAUCUCUUUCCUUCGUGUACCAUCAUCUCCUCAGUUGCAUGGCUGGCUGUGAGCAAGGUGCAACUUCUUUUCUUUCAGGCACUGACGAAGUGCUUACAUGUACGGCUUCAUGAGGCGUUGUUGGUAUGUCCAUGCUCCUACUGAAGCUUUAGGGCAUCGUGCUAAUGAACACAAGGAUCACUUUCGAUGCAUCGCUACCUCGAUCGUUUCCUUAUCACGUCCCGUCAUACUUCCACGCCGCUUUGUUCCGUACAGCGAACGCAGCGGCUUUUCUUACUUUACACUGGCGGAUGGGCCUCACUGGCCGAUUUCUUAUUGUGGCGGUGGACGGAUAUGAGGAGCAUGUGUGGGGCAGAUACAUGGUGGUUGCAUAUUGUCGGAGAAUGUGCGAGGCGGAAAAGUGCUUUUGGAUAUGUACAUGGGCAUCUCUUACGAGACGUGCAGGUGGCAUGAUCAAGAAUGCGAGGGUGGCAGCUAGCGGCAGACCAAUGGCAUACAAAACCUUGAAAAUUCACAUUGUAUUGUUGA